AUAAUGAACAACACAAUUUCGGAUAUUGUUAUGAGUAGUAUCACAAAUAUAACAUGCGAUGAAGAUAAUUGCAUUCAUAAUAUCACUGAUAAUCCAGUUCGGAAGAACUUAUCUUUGGAUGAGAUCUAUUUCAGAAAUCCUGGUGAAAUGUUAACUCCUUGGAUGAUAAACCAGUACUUUUUUUUCAUAGUUAUCACUUAUAUCAUAACAUUCAUAUUCGGAGUGACAGGAAAUGUGACAGUUAUUGCGGUUAUAGUUGGUGACAGGACAUCUAGGAACGUGACAAAUGUCUUUUUGGUCAGCUUAGCCAUCGCAGAUUUGUUGUUGCUUGUCAUCUGUGCUCCGUUAGACGUUGCCCAUUAUUUUGUCGUGCAAUGGGAUUCUAAAGGAACAGUUUGCAAGUUGGCGGCCUAUGCUGAAUCUGUUUCGGCUUUUGCAUCUGUUUUGAACUUGGUUGCAGUUACGUUGGAACGAUUCGUUGUUAUCGUAUAUCCAAUAAGAUCCCGAUCUUUGUGUACCAUGAGUAAUUGCAAGAAGCUUAUGAUAGCUGUUUGGACCAUUUCAUUGAUUUUAGCCCUUCCAGUUAUUGCAACAAAGGGUACAAUACGCAUGACUUUCACCAAUUACUACGAGUAUGUUACUAUUUUUUCAUGUAAGGAUUCUAGUGAUUGGCGUGGAUUUGCAAUAGCAAUUUAUCGUCUUUCAACUCUUUUUAUUCUACCUUCACUGGUAAUGAUUACCUGCUACGCUUGGGUUAUUUCAGAACUGUGGAUGAGCACGAAGACUAUGGAUGAAUUGACUAAUUUCAGCGAAAAACCUGGCACUAUUUCUCGAGAGUUAUCAAGAUCCUUCUCGCGUGACAGUAUCAGUAACGAAGCCGCUUCCUCUCAUUUACACAGAAACUCUACUCGAGCAAAUGUGAAGUCUGCAAGACAACAGGUGAUCAAAAUGCUGAUCUUAAUCGUAGUACUUUUCUUGAUUUGUUGGGGUCCACGGCUGAUCAUGGAAAUUGUCAUAAAAUGUUGCUUGAACGUCUAUAACCACGGAAUCUACACAACUCGUUUUGUUUUCUAUCUACUUCCAUUCCUGCACAGUUGUCUAAAUCCAAUGGUAUACUGUUUCAUGUCUUCAAAGUUCCGGAACCGCUUGCUUAAAUGCUGCUGCCCAAGGUCUCGACCAGUGCAUAAACCAAUGCCAAUGAAAAGUUCAGUUUCAAAGAAUGGUACAUCAAGAGUUGGAUCAACCUAUACAUUUUCAUCAUAUAUUAGUCCAUCAGGUGAACUCGUGUCCCCAGCAGCCUCAAAAUAAAAGCUUACAUAAAGCUUUUUAAUUUUUUAAUGUUGUGAAAUAUUGGUGCAUGCUUUUAAAAGAUUCUUUUGAAACUUUUGACUUUUUGCUUUUGAUGUAAUGAAACUUGAGGCUUGUAAAAAACGAAUGAGGGAUUUUAUCUGUGUUUGCUGGCGUGAUACAAUUUUAUCCCAUUCUAAUUGUAAAGCGAGAAUAUGAGCAAAUAUAAAAAAAUUGCCUUUGGUAAGUACCAUAUGAUAUAUUGAUUGCUCUAUUUUGACUCUGCUUUAUUUUGACUCGUCACAUAUCG